UUCCGUGAAAAUUGCAACUUUAGAAUGGAGCGAAUAAUUAUAUUUCACACCCAGACCCAGGACGUUUUCCUGUUAAAUAACGGAACCCCAAUUGGUCCGAAGUUGAUCGAAUUCAUCUUCAACUGGUUCUUCAAUUGCUUUUCAGGCAAGUCAUCUGCAGUUGAUCUGGACUUCCAUUGUUGAAUAUAAGGAUCGUUUUGCUGCAAUUGUCAUUUCGGUCGUUAAUAAUCUGCAAUUGAUACAAAAUUGACAACAUUUAGAACUUGAAGCAUCACGAAUUAGAAAUCACAUUUUCUCAUUCUCGUUUUCGUUGCAUGGUUGGUGCUAAUUACUCUGCAACAUUGAUUGCGGCAAAUCACAAUCACCAUGAAUUGCGGUAGCGAAGAAGAUGAAGCUGAAGUGGAGGAGGUAGAGCAUUUUGAUGAUUUCACGCUUGCAUCUUCAUGGGAAAGGUUUAUAUCAGAAAUUGAAGCGGUGUGUCGUCGUUGGAUGGCUGAUGGCCCCAAGAACUUAUUGGAGAAAGGUGCGGUGCCUGUUGGAACUUCGGAAGACUUCUAUAAGGCCAAGUAUGAGCUAAAAUAUGAUAAAAAGAGCUACUGUAUGGAAUAUUACUUUAAAGAGAAGCAUAAAGGCAAAGUCACAACAUGGGACUCUAGUCGGCACAAUUUGCAGAUGGCGUUUGGUGUCACCGAGUUUUUGAUAAUUUAUCCCCAAAGUGCAAGUGGUGUAGUAUUGGAUGCACCAGAGGCCUGUAAGCUUCUCAGUGCAGUUGCAAUUGCUUUAUCCAACUGUUGCGGUCUUUGGCCAGCCUUUGUCCCUGUUUUUGACCCUUCUCGGAAAGCUCAUAUUGGUAUUCAAAAUUUGGGAACCGUGUUCACAAGAAGAUUUGAAUCGGACUGCAUCAGGAGUCAGGUUCCUGUGAAGCUUAUGCAUUUGGAAGGGUUAUAUGAGUUGUUUGUGUCUAAAUUUGCCUUCUCUGCUGUGGACUUCUCUGUCCAUCGGUACAAAAUUCACUUUACCAUGAGGCUUACAUACAGAACCCUUCCAUACGAUGAUGAUGAUGAUUAUAUGCAUGAAUCUGAAGCCGAGAACACAGAAUCAAGUGUCAGUGCCAAGCAGGAACUGCAUCAAAGAUCACAAUGGGAUGAUGACUGCCCUUGGAGUUCAUGGUAUUCAGCUGAAGAUCCCGUAAAAGGAUUUGAGUUGGUUGCUACAUGGUUGGGUAAAUCGAUCGAGAGCUCUCUUGAGAUGGCUGAAAUCGAAAAUUCUUCACCUCAUGAUGCUGAAGUUUGGCUUUUACUUCCGAUUCUCUCAGAGAUUUUAAAUGAUGGUCGGAAAGUAAAAGCUGUUGGAUUUGCUUCUCAACUCUCUCUCCUGGUUGUUGCCUUAGAGAUGUCAUUUGAGGCUCAGUUUUUGGAAGACUUUGUGUCAGAUUCUAGUGCAGAAAAACUGAGAUCUUCAGCAGCUAUUCCUCCACCAACUGUUAUCGAUCGUGUACUCAAAGAGCUUUUUCAUGAAGGAGUUGCAGCAUUAGUUUUUUCAAAAGGCGAGAAUAAAAGUUCUCGAGCUAUUAAAGGCGCACCAUCAGAGUCUUUGUUUGCACAAUUUUGCUUACAUGCUCUGUGGCUGGGUAACUGCAAUAUCCGUGCUAUUGCUAUACUUUGGAUUGAGUUUAUUCGAGAAGUUCGUUGGUGUUGGGAAGAGUCUCAACCGUUGCCUAAAGUAACAAUUAACGACACCAUAGAUCUCUCCUCUUGUUUAAUUUAUCAGAAAUUACAAAUGCUUGCAAUCUGCAUUGAAAAGAAGCGUGAAGCAAAUGCAGAAUUCUUUGAUGCCACAGAAGACAACGAUGAUGUAUCUGGUCACAUAGCGGAGGAACAUUUGCGUUCCAAGUCAAAUCCCCCAAGAAGUUUGAACAAGGGUACCCACAGCAAAGAGAAACAACAUGGUUGGAAUAACCCUGGAAAAUCGCUUGAUGAUCUUUCUUCAAUUGAAGAAGCAUCUGAUCUUGUUAGAAGAGGUUCAUCUGGUGUUGCAGGGUCAAUGAUGCUGUUGAGUUCAUGCCAAAGAAUGCAUGCUCCAUAUACUCAGGAUGCACCAUUAAUGACCGAAGAUAUGCAUGAAGAGAGGCUACAAGCUGUUGCAGCUCUCAGUGAUUCAUCUAGUUUUAAUGCGCAGCUCGAGAGAGAGAUCUUGUCAUCAGAUAUGUCAGCUUUCAAAGCAGCAAAUCCCGAUGCUGUUUUUGAGGACUUUAUUCGAUGGCAUUCACCUGGAGAUUGGAUUAGUGAUGGCAGUGCGGAAAGGGAAUCAUCUGGCCCUCAGUUGAUUGGUGAUUGGCCUCCAAGUGGACGACUCUCAAAGAGAAUGUCCGAACAAGGGAAUUUUUGGCGGAAACUUUGGAACGAUGCACCUGCUUUGCCGGCUUAUGAGCAGAAACUGCUUUUGGACCCAAAUCGAGAGGGAGAGAAGAUUCUUCAUUAUUUAGAGACAGUACGACCACACCAACUACUUGAGCAAAUGAUUUGUACAGCUUUUAGAGCAUCAGCUGAUACCUUAAAUCAGGCAAGCUUUGGUGAUUUGAGUCAAAUGAGGAGCAAACUUGAUCAGCUUUACCAGACAAUGGCUUGUACAUUGAGGCCUCUGCAAGCAAAUCAACUAUCACAAGACACUGAGAUUUUUGAAGAUCUCAAACGGCUGUGCGUUGUAUUUGGACACGUUGAAGGAUUGAUAAUUUUGUCAACUUCUCUUCAUCGGAAGUUUAUUCUUGCGCCUCGGCUUUUCAAUGCAAUAUUCAAUGAUUACUAUAACUUUUACCUUCCCAGGAUGGGUAACAGUGAAGCUGAAGUCGACUUUGACAAGGAGUUCAACCAGAAGCAACAAGUAAGCAUUGACGAAAGAAAUGCUGUUGCAGAUCUAUUUUUACCGCCUACUGCUACUCAGUCAUGGAGAAAAGUAUUAAGCAUGGGAAAUCUUCUAAAUGGGCAUGAACCUGUGCUUAGAGAAAUCAUCUUUACUACUUGUGACGAUACUAGUAACAAUCAUUAUGCAGCACACAAUCCUUCAGGUGCUCGACAAGAAAUCGAAACUUACCGUAUGUACAUUGAAGGAACCUCAAAUGACUUGGGUGUUGCCCUCUCUGUUGUGUCAUGUGAUUGAUUUUUUCUGUAAGUAAGCUGUAGAACCAUUUUUUAACCCCAUUUAGCUUUCCCUUUUUUUAUUAUACAGGAAUGUACUCUUUUAUAGUUUUAUGAAUAAAUACUAACUUUGUACUUUAUUUUUUGUGAACAUGGGGUGUAAACCUUACCGACUAGGGUAUAAGUUUGAUUUACAAACAUAUUUUAGCUUUUGGUGAUGAAACUGAUAAUUUCUACAUUAUCUGUUGCUUGCACUGAAAUUCCUUAUAAUCCCCUACUCUUGUUGCCAAUUUGAGGAUGGGAAUCUUGAUCGUAUACUUCCUUGUUUUGAGGUUGUCUUAUCGAGAGACGAUCUCUUACAAGUAUAUAUGAUAAAAUAUAAUGACUGGAUACUGUAAACCAUAUAGUAUGAAAAAAAUUAACAUAAUAUAUAACAAAAUUGCUCCAUGAAUAUCAUAACAUUAAGGGGAUGUUUGACAAAAUAGCUUAUUGGGCAAUUUUAAUUUA